GGUGCACACGACGCCAGUAUUUCUAAAAAUAUAAUUUCUGUCUGUAAUUUAAAUUCUGGCGCGCAAGAAUUUAGCGCCUGAAUUUCAUGCUGUAACAUAUAUGUCUAAAUUAUUGCAUGCGCUAUAACCUCAAAUGUCAAAAUGUCUGACAACGAUCGUGUCGAAAGGACUGCAGUUCUUGUCAGUUCUUUAAUAAUUUUAAAAAAAAAGGAAGAAAAGGAAAGACGUAAACGGCUAUGGAGUCGUUCUUGGUUGCUGCGGCGUGAUCAGCAAACGACUUCCUUAAAUAUGGUUUUUAAUGAACUAGAUGCAGAAGAUCCGGCCAGUUUCUCAAAUUACACGCGAAUGGAAAAUGGUAUUGGGAAUGAUUUGUUGGAAAUGGUAACACCAUAUAUAAAGAAAGAGGAUACAGUUAUGAGGCAAGCUAUAUCACAGAGAGACAGGCUUUGUAUUACAAUUCGAUACUUGGCAACAGGAAAUUCAUUUAGAGACAUAAGUUAUUCAACUCGUGUUGCACCUAAUACCAUAUCCCAAAUCGUGAGAGAAACUCUUGAAGCAAUUAUAACCGUUCUUCAAGAUAACUUUAUAAAAUUUCCAUCUUCAGCACAAGAAUGGGAAGCUGUUGCCCACAAAUUUGAGACAACAUGGAAUUUUCCUCAUUGCAUAGGGGCAUUGGAUGGAAAGCAUAUCAGAUUUCGUCCAUCACGAAGUGAUGGUUCGAAAUUCAGAAAUUAUAAAGGAUAUGACAGUAUAGUACUUUUAGCUCUUGCCGAUGUUAUUUUGUCGUACAAAAUUUAUAAUUAGUUCCAUCAGUUUUAAUAAGUUACUAAUAAGUUAGUGAGCUGAGUGAUCCUCGCCUCUGGGUGCAGGUAGAAUUUUUGUUAAAAUGAUCCCCAUUAG